GCUGUUUCGUUCUAUUCGAGAGAACAUACAAUGGAUUCUACUGUUUCGCAAACCGCAGCAGCUGUUAGAUCAACUUGUUUACGAAAUUUUGUGUGAAUAGAAUUAUAAUUAAUCGGUACGUCUCUGAUGCAGCACAAGCGCAUAUAUAUUCUCGCAUUGGAAGCAAAGUUUAGUUUAGUGUUGACUUGCAACUCGAUCGACCGGUGGCAUCUCAUUUCUAUGGAAACUUUCUCUUGUUUCUCGUUGACUGUCACCUCGACGGUCUUUGCUUUACUGUGCAAUCUUUGUGUGAAUGGGAACAACGUAUGCGGCAAAGAAGCUCGGUCACAACACAGCAGAGGCACCAUCUACGAUGCCUACCUGAAUCCUAACGCUAUCAUCAACAACGCAAAUUUUGGUGAAUCGUACACUCUGAAUUCACAUGGAGAACUUGUAUUCCAAAGUGGGGUAAGUCUUCAAGCUCGUCUCUUUCGCAUUCCGUUAUCUCGACCAAACAGACUGAGCGGCAGUGAGACUCUGCUAGUCGACGUCACCUACUCAAACAGAAAUCCUAUCUCACCAAACUCGGACAUGGAUACCACGGUCAUGCUGUCCGAUGGCGUUUCUGCCGUAGGAUUUCUAACUGUAGAUAAGAGCAAUUUUGACACUAUGUCUCCUAUACUGUCAUGCGAAGGAACGAGUGGAAAGACACUAUCAAGAUCUUGCCGUAGUGAAAGUCUCCGAGUUACAUCCGACCCGGCGACUGUCCACUCUGCGCACUUUCGUUUGCCAUCCGGAGAGCCAGUUUCGGGCAGCCUCAGCGGGUCUUACGACAGAGGAGUGUCCGUUUAUCGCAACUAUACCGAUCCACUCCAUUUUGAACGUGGACUCUACUUAGAAAUCUACCGAGGUGACGCCGUCGAGCAAUUCAUAUUUUCCUACUUUCGAAUUCAAGUACAGGUUGAGAGUCUCGCCUAUUAGAAAAAUUUCUUGAAAUUGUCAUGUCUGGAAGAGUGACGAACACUGUUGACACGGAGAUUACGUGAUUGAUUAGCUUAGCUGUUGUUAUUUAUUGUAAUGCUUGUGUGCAUCAUUGCAAAGCGUAUGCGAGUGUAUGCAUGCCUGCUUCGUUGUAUUUCAGUUUACAAUAUUUUGGCAACUAAGAUUGCAUUGCAAUUGCGUACUUGGAAUUGUCUAA